AUGUCCUGCGCGAGGGAUUGGACCCCCCCCUCCAGUCUGCACAAUGGCAGCGCCAGGCCUGCCCCCGAACUGCACCUGUACAACUCUCUGGUGGACGCCAAGGUGCCCUUCGUGCCCGCCGCUGGGCCAGGCUCCCGGCAUGUGAGCUGGUACACCUGCGGGCCCACGGUCUACGACUCGGCGCACCUGGGCCACGCCAGGAACUACCUCACCUUUGACAUCCUGCGCCGGGUGCUGGAGGACCACUUUGGGUACGAUGUGCGCUACGUGAUGAACGUGACCGACAUCGACGAUAAGAUCAUCCUCAGGGCCCGCCGCAACCACCUGCUGGAGGCCUACCGCGCCACAGCCACCGAUCCCAGCCAGGCAAGGAGCGGGGGGGUGGCCAGGGAUGCGCGUGCGGCCCUGGCAGCUGCCCAGGCCAAGCAGGCGAAGAAGGUGGGCAAGGCACACGCGGAGCGCAAGGCCGCCCUGGAGCGAUCCUCCGACCCCUGUGGACCCCGGGGCGACGGGCGAGUGGUCGCCGAGCUGGACACCCUGCUGGCGCAGGAGGAGCAUGUCGCGGCGCGGCUGGCUGGCACCCUGGCUGCGCUGGAGGCGCUGGGCCCGAGCGCUGACGCGGCGGCGCUGCUGGGCGUGGCGGGGGACGUGCUGGCGGAGUGGCUGGACGCGGCGCGCGGCGGCGAGGUCACCGACCCGGCCGUCUUCCGCGCCCACGCGGCGCGCUACGAGGCCGAGUUCCUGGCCGACAUGGAGGCGUUGGGGGUGCGCCCGCCCACCGUGCUCACGCGUGUCAGCGAGUACCUGCCGGAGGUGGUGGAGUUCGUGCGCGGCAUCGAGCGCGCCGGCUUCGCCUACUCAACGCACGGCUCCGUUUACUUUGACACCGCGGCCUUCAGCGCUGGGCACACCUACGGCAAGCUGGCGCCGUGGUCUGUGGGGUCGGUGGCCCUGGCCGGCGAGGCGGGCGCGGACGGCAAGCGCCACCCUUCCGACUUUGCUCUGUGGAAGGCGCGGAAGCCCGGGGAGCCGGCCUGGCCGUCGCCCUGGGGCGAGGGACGGCCCGGCUGGCACAUCGAGUGCAGCGCCAUGGCCUCCAAGAUCCUGGGCCGAACCCUGGACAUUCACACUGGGGGGGAGGACCUGCGCUUCCCGCACCACGACAACGAGCUGGCGCAGUCAGAGGCCCACUACCACGCCUGCGGCUGCCGGCAGUGGGUCAACUACUUCCUGCACUCUGGGCACCUAGGCAUCGACGGCCUGAAGAUGAGCAAGUCGCUGAAGAACUUCAUCACCAUCAGGGCUGCGCUGGAGAGCAUUUCGGCACGGCAGCUGCGGCUCAUGUUUGUGCUGCAGGCCUGGGAGAGGCCCAUGACCUUUGGCGACCAGGUCCUCGGCGAGGCGCGCUCCAGGGAGAAGUCGGUUCGCGAUUUCUUUUCUAAUGUUGACCUGGCGCUGCGCGAGGCCCAGGCCCUCGCAGACGCCGCGGCGGGCACCCUGCCCGAGCGCUGGGAGGCAGAGGAGGAGGUGCUGCAGGCCGCCCUGGAAAGCACGGCGGAGCUUGUGCACGCCGCACUGUGUGACAACAUCAACACCCGGGGGGCGAUGGACGCGUUGGGGGACCUCAUCAAGGCCUUCAAUGUGUACCGCUCUGCCCGGGGACCAGGGUCAGCAAGCCCGCCCCAGCGCCUACUCAUCCGCUCGGUAGCGUCCUACGUGUCGCGCAUCCUCGGCGAGUUUGGGCUGGAAUUUGGCGUGACUUCCAGCGCGGGGCCCGAGGCGGCGGGCAGGGACGAGACGCCGGCCGUGCUGGACGCCUUUGCCGCCUUCCGCGACGAGAUUCGGCGCCUGGCCAAGGAGGGCGCCGGCGCCGGCCAGGUCCUCGCCGCAUGUGACAGCGUGCGGGAUGGUCCCCUGGUGGACCUAGGUGUCCAGCUGGAGGACCGCGCGGGCGGCCCCGCCGCCUGGAAGCGGGAGGACCCGGCCGUGCUGCGUGCCGAGCAGGCGCGGCGCGCGCAGCAGGCGGCGGAGGCGGCCGAGACACGGCGCGCGGCGCGCCUCGGCCGCCUCCGCCGCGACCUGGACCGCUUCGAGGGCCUGGCCGCGCUGCCCAGCGUGCCCAGCGCGCUGGCCGACCGGUACCGCUUCGACGCGCCGGGCGAGCCGACGGCGGACGCCGGCGGCGCGCCGCUGGACGACAAGGCCCUGGCCAAGGCACGGAAGGAGGUUGCCAAGCAGCAAAAGAUCCGCAAGCCGCUGGAGGACGCGCUGGAGAAGAACCCCGACUUCCUCGAGCAGCUGCGCGCCGACAUUGCCGCCCUGGAGCUGGAAGGCGGGGCGCAAGGGGCCGCUGCGGCAGGAGGGGCGGGGUGA